AUGGUACGUUCCAUACUAAGACGUUCCGAUUCCCCAUAUCAACGGGCUUGUGUCACUGGUCUACGGUCUACCGGAUCCAUCGGACCGGCAGAAAGUUGCAACAGGGAUUUGCUGUUGAAAUCGGCCCACAAUCAACGCAUGUGUGUCCUCAUAUCAGAAAGUCUGGUGGGCCGGCAGGCUAUCCUCAUCACCGGCAUGGCAAGCUCUAGCGAGAACCCUUCGGAUACCGUCCGAACUGAGGCUAUAUUCAUGCCAGGCUUAUCCGUCAUGGGAAUAAGUAUAUCCUCCGCACCCCACCAAGUGGGACAGGAUAUGAAAUAUCGAGCAUCUUCGGGGUAG